CACCCCCAUUCUGCCGCAGCUACGAGCUCUGCGACCAACAGUUUACUACAGGCCCGACAUCCUCCUCUUCCAGCGCAGGGCCAGGAAGAAGAGGAAGACGCAGUACGGAUACACUGUAGCACACAGCACAGGCAUCUUGCGCCCGCACCCACUCCUCGCAAAGCUGCCGCCCCAGACCAGGGCACUUCCCGGCACCUCCUCCUUCGUCCAACCGGCUCCAACCCUGGCCCCAUCCAGGUCCGGUCGCUGGAAACCCGCCCGGCCACAAACCUCUUCUUCACCUUUUCGGCACAUCGCGUUCUUUCCUCUUCUUCCACGCUCGGAUAACUGCCGUCAUCUUUUCUUUUCACCUUAAUUCUUGCAGGUUCUGGGGAACGACGCCCUGCCUGAUGUCACUCUUUCCAUCCUCUUAGACACAGACCGCCAGCCAGCGACCUCACCGGUCACACACACUCUCUCUACUUUUCUCUUUCCGACCUACGUCGCUCGGCGCGCCUACGUUAAUUCCUUCCUGCCUCUUUCUUUCUGUCGACGACGAAGACAACAGACCUGACAUACGCUCUUUCCUCUUACAUACGCUUCUCCAUCACGUCAUCUACUUGGGUGACCUCUGUUCCGUAAUUCUCUUCACCUCAUAAUUCCACAACGUUGCGACGCUCGCGAGCCAAUGGCAAUACAAUGAACGCGACUCCCACGAAUCGGCUCAAACUGACGCCGGGUAAUUCCCCUUAUCUUCAACGACCAACCUCUCGAACCCCCCUCCGCGGACGCCUCCCCCAUGAGUCCCGCCUCUCUCUCAAGCGGGUGAUCGGCACCACCUGUGCCUCGCCUACGGGCUUUGACACCGUAAACUCCUCUUUCGCUUACAUCGCCGGCGGCGCUGUUGUAGUUGUCGACGUCGACGGCGAGCACUACGCCCAGCGCUUCUACCGCGCCCGCCCGACCGCCACUCCCGUCUAUGGCUCCGCGUCCCUGUCGAACAACUACUCGGCACCAUCGACGCCCAAGGCCAACGACAGUAGGAACCGGGUCGCGGCUGGAAUCCGCGAGUCGCAGAGCUGGUCCGACUCGCCAAGCUCGACAUGGACGAGCCGUGAGCGCAUCAAGGCGGCGACAUGUCUGGCGCUGAGCCGCGACGGAAGAUAUCUAGCCGUUGGCGAGACUGGCUACGCUCCGCGCGUGCUUAUCUUUAACCUCGAGGAUGCAUCGUCCGAUGUGCCCUUGGUUUCCCUUAGCGAGCAUGGUUUCGGCGUGAGGGUGGUGGCUUGGUCGUCCGAUACCAGAUGGCUUGCUUCUCUGGGCACUUCCAACGACGGCUUCCUUUUCAUCUGGAGAAUCGACCCCCGUACGGGCGCCGCUAAGCUGUACCAACAAAAUCGAUGCACUUCCACUAUUAAGGGAAUGGUGUGGAUGGGUAACAGCCUGGUGACGCUCGGUGUGCGGCACAUCAAGAUAUGGCGAGUCGAGGAACCCCAGUCGACCUCUCCGUCAAAGUCUAGGUUCAACGAGGCCAAUUCCACCCCUCAGCCGCCCCAGAGACUUCUUAACGGGCGCAACGUGCUUCUCGGCUCACUGCUUGAAGCAUCCUUCAGUUGCGCGGCCGUGGUCGACGAAACGAACAUCAUUAUCUGCUCCGAGGCCGGUGACGUGUGCAUGGUGGAGGACGAUGGAAAACAAACGAGACUCAUCAAGUGUCUCAAUGUAGACUUCCCUAUCACCUCUAUCACCAUCAGGCAUGCUACCGCAUACCUAUCAGGAAAGGCAGGCCAAGUCGCGACGCUUAAUGUGAGAGCGGUACUGGACAGCCUUCCGGAUAGCGUGCUUUCCCAAAGCGUGGCGCCGUCUGGGUUGGUAGCCAUGGGCUUUCUCACAGAAAACCUCGUCACCAUCGAUGAGAAGCACACCGUCGAUAUAUGGAGCUCCAGCUACCUGCCAGGGAAGAACGAAGAAGACCCCUCCCACGUUUCCAUACCGGGCCACGGAGAUCAGAUUCUUGGUAUUCAGACCUUGGCAAAGCCGAACGACCAAGACGCAGAUUUCUUCACCUGGUCCGGCUCUGGCAAGGUCAUCUUCUGGGACAUGAAAGGUAGGAUCAAGUGUUCGCUCGAUGUGCCCAUCGAACAGGCCAUCCCUGAGAACGAGAUGGACCCGGUCAAUCAGCUCAACGUGGUCCGAGCCACCAGGGCUGGGAAGAUGCUUGUAGCAGCCGACAAGUUUGGAGUCCUCAGAAUCAUGGACUUGUCGACAAAGGAGUGUCUGCUUGAGACGAAGGCGCAUUCUUCGGACUGCCAGGAUAUCACCAUCUACGAAGACGACAACAAGUUUCUGCUGGCGACAUGUGGCAGGGACCGGACAGUACAGCUGUUCCACCGCUCAUCAACCGGAGAGUUUCGGCACUACCAAACGCUCGAGUUCGCCGCCAGAGUCGUACAAACUCUCAUUCCCGCAGAGGACAAAAUCAUAACAUGCUCUCUCGACAGGACUUUGCAAGUCUAUGACAUAGUCUGCAAGGAGGAGGAUGUUGACGAAAUUGCUGCUCUCCCCUCGCGGACCAACAUCCUGAAGGCAGCGCCGACGUCCUUUGCACUGGGUCUGGACGACAGAACCGCAUUCGUCUCCAUGUUGGACCGCUCGGUCUGCCAGUACGAUCUCUCCAAUGGCAAGCUUCUCAACUGCUUCAAGUGUGUUGACGAAGGCGGAUAUGAAACAGCCAUAAUGGACUCACUGAUCUUCAGUCAGCCUUCCGGCAAAGACUCGGGCGUUUUGCUGGGCGUAUCGAACACAGACAAAUCCGUGCGUCUGUACGAUGCUCACUCUGGCCAGUUUGUGGACAGAGAAUGGGGACACACGGAAGCCAUUAACGGCGUUACGUUGACUGACGAUCAUGAUGGCUCUCAGAGAGUCAUUAGCGUCGGAUCGGAUGGCACUGUGAUGCUCUGGGGUAUAGAAGGCGAAGACGCUGCGCCGUCCUCGAUUAGCAGAGACCCGUCGCCCAUGAAAGACGGAUCUGCUGCUGCCAGACCACCACUGAGGCGCGUACUCUCAAAAGCCGAACUUGCCGAGUUCCAGCGGCCCUCUUCUGCACAAGGGGGUCGUCGAUCGCCUCCUAGAACCAUUCGGAGGCGGACGUCGCGGUAUGGCUUGAGCAACAGCGUCAGCACGCCCAAGACGGCUAUGCAAAGCAGCCCGCUCGCCGGGGAUACCCCGUCGCGGCGGUCUUCCGGCAGUCAGUCAGGCAGCCCACCGAUCAGCCCGAAGUCUAGAGCGUCUAGGCGACCCUCACUUCCGUCCUUGGGCCUGCCGCCGAAAAAGAGCUCGCCGAACCUGCGCGGCUUUGGUAGCCUCAACAUGGCCACCGAACAGACCUGCCGUUCGCUGAGGGCGUACAGAAAAAAGCUUUCAUCCGCGGACCCUCUCAGCGAAGACGUCAUUUUCGAGCUCGAACAAGAAUUGCGACUGACGGCCGCCGCGCUUGGUGAACGGGCCACGAGGACUAAAGCCAUGCACGACACCGCACUUCUCAGUGGCCUCCUUGAUCAGUACGAGGAGCGUCUGGCUUCUAUGCUCGAUGAGAAGUUGCGAAACACCUUCCAGGCGAGAGAGGUCACCACUCCAAGCGAGGAGCGAGAAGAGGUUCUCCUCUCCCAGCGACCGGGCACGGCCGGUGGCGAAACAAACUCUACAGUAUCAUCAUCAUAACACACUCAUUGUAUUUUUACACCGUUUGCAUUUUACCGAACUGUACAACACUUGCUGGACAUAACGGCGUCAUCUGGAUAUGGGUACCCGGCGUUUCGGGGUUGGACCGACAUAUUAUCACCUACAGCACGAAGCCCGGCCGAUUUUUCGACGUAAUCCAGUCAUGCUGGACUUCC